AUGUACUGCAGCAGUGUGAUGGUUGAUGAAGGUGGACUAACAGAUUCAGAGUGGCUGAGGACUCCAGAGGUCAACAUGAGGAGCGAGCUGACACCCGGGGAACAGAGGAGAGGGCCACAGAGACAGAAAGUGGAAGCUGCAGGAGCCAACAUCAACCUUUCCAAGGAGAAAUACAUACACAUGUAUGGAGCUGCUCUGACAGGAGUCUUCCAUCAUGAGUCCUCAUCAAGGAGGCCUCUGUUGUGCUCUGCACAGUCAUGGAGAUCAGUCAGCAACAAUCAGCACCCUUCACCGUACAUCGUAACCACCGCCACCUACAGUGACAGCCAGGCUGGACACGAGAAAAGUUUUAUUUAUCCUGUUGGAGGGGGCCUGGGACCACCACAAGGCAUGGUGCCCAUGCAGCAACAGCAGCAGCAGCAACAGCAGGGUUUCCCGAUGGUUCCGGUCAUGCAGCCGAACAUGCAGGGCAUGAUGGGAAUGAACUUUGGAGGACAAAUGGCCCCUGGAGCCAUGCCUAUACAGGGUGGGAUGGCUAUUGGGAUGCAGACCCCUGGGAUGCAGUUCUUGGGUCAGCCACAGUUUAUGGGUAUGAGACCUGCUGGACCCCAGUACACUGCAGACAUGCAAAAGCAAAUGGCUGAGGAGCACCAAAAACGUAUAGAGCAGCAGCAGAAGAUGCUGGAGGAGGAAAGGAAAAGAAGACAAUUUGAGGAGCAGAAACAGAAGCUGAGGCUGCUCAGCAGUGUCAAACCCAAGACAGGAGAGAAGAGCCGCGAUGAUGCCUUGGAGGCAAUCAAAGGCAACCUGGAUGGCUUUAGCAGAGACGCAAAGAUGCACCCUACUCCUUCCUCACAGACCAAGAAGCCAGACUCAUCGCCACCACACCCGUCUGUCACCACUCACUCCCUCCCCCCAGCUUUGUCCGAGGACAGUGAUGAGUUUAGUGACUUUCAGGGGCCUGUAGACGCCCCCGUCUCCCUCCCUCCACCCUCCUCCACUUCCUCCACCUUUGGCCUCUCCUCUCAGGCCCUUGUCCAGCCUUCGUCCUCUGCCCCCAAGACAGGUUUCUCUCAGGAUGAUGACGAGUUUAGUGACUUUGUUCAGGGUCCUCUUAACGCAUUCCCUCCCUCCAACUUCAACCUCUCCUCUCAGGCUCAAGUCCAGCCUUCAUCCCCUUCCCUGAGGGCAGGUCUGUCCUCCUCCUCUUCCUCCUCCCUCCCUCAGUCCCUCCCUGCCUCUGUGUCCAUUCCCACUGUCACCCAACACUCUGCUGUCAACACCAGCACCCAAUCUACAUUUCAAGGCCCGUCACUGGAAGAGAAGCUUUUCUCCUCAUGCGAUCUCACUGCUGAUAAGACGGCCCAGGUUAACUUUAAAUCCAAGCAGAGUUUGGUUGAAAUGGGUCCUAGAACUAAAGUUUCGGCUCAGUUUCACUCCAGCACUAAAGCGAGGAAUUGGGCUGUGGCACCAGAGGACUUGAGUUCUGUCUUCAUCGCAGAAAAGCUACCUGAGGCCCUGGUGUCAGCACCCAGCAUACCCCCAUCAGCUGCUGACUCGACUCCUCAUACCAGUAGUGACAGUGGUGUUGGCGUCUACCCACAACAAGAGCACAUCCAGCCCAUGCUGCCAGCCUGGAUUUAUAAUGACAGCCUUGUCCCAGAAAUGUUCAAGAAGGUUCUGGAAUUCACCAUGACUCCGGCAGGGAUAGACACCGCCAAGCUCUACCCAAUACUAAUGUCAUCAGGUCUUCCCAGGGAAGCGCUGGGGCAAAUCUGGGCGUCAGCCAACCGCACAACACCUGGCAUGCUGACCAAGGAGGAGCUCUACACUGUACUUGCACUAAUUGGUGUGGCGCAGAGUGGCCUCCCAGCAAUGAAUGUGGAAAUCCUCAGUCAGUUCCCAUCUCCACCAGUGCCCAACCUGCCGGCCCUGGCUAUGGCCAUGGCCCCCGUCAUGCCCCAGCACCAGCAGCCCAUGAUGACCAAGCCCCCGGUUUCCAUGCCAAUGCCCACGCCAGCACCACCUGUCAUGACCAUGACACCCCCAGCACCGACUCAAGCACCCACAAACACCAACUUCAUUGCCACAUUCCCUCCUGCACAGGCUCAGGGGACCAAAGGUGAUGACGAUGACUUCCAGGACUUCCAGGAGGCCCCAAAGGCAGGCGCGGUAGACCAGGCCUUCACUGAGUUCCAGGGGGAGUCCGGUGGAAGCUUUUCCACCACCAUCACACCUCAGAACCAAAACAGUGCACCUGCCAUGCUGACUCCAGUGUCUGGUUCCUCGUCCGUCGCCGUCACAUCCUCUGAUAAGUACGCUGUCUUCAAGCAGCUGUCUGUGGAUCAACCUGCAGAGCCUACACCCCCUGCCUCAGAUAUUGGAGACAAAUACAGUGUCUUCAGACAGCUUGAGCAACCUGCUGACAAGAAACCAGUUGAAGGAUUUGCAGAUUUCAAGUCUGUCAGCGCUGAUGAUGGCUUCACAGACUUUAAAACCGCCGACAGCGUCUCUCCAUUAGACCCCUCAGACCAGGCCAAGAUCUUUCAACCUACCUUCCCUUCUACUUUCCCAACCUCUCAGUCUCUACAACAACUACCGCAGCAGCAGCAACAGCCAGCAGUGUCUCUUUCUCAGCCCAAAAAUCCUCUCAACAUGGCCGACCUGGACCUUUUCUCUUCUAUAGCUCCCUCUGUUCCUGCCCCCACUGAGACAAAACCCAGCACAUUCCCCUCUGUGUCUGUGCCCCCCUCUCUGGUGCUCCUACCAGGUGGAGCCAAACCUCCAGGGGGCAGUGCAGAUGAUUUUGGUGAUUUUGCCCUCUUUGGCUCGUCCUCUGAUGCUGCUCAAGCUUCAGCAGCAGGAGGAGCUGUAGCAGCGCCUCAGGACGACUUUGCAGACUUCAUGGCGUUUGGCAGUUCUGGCGGGGAGCCCAAAGGUGAGAGCAGCAGCGUGGGGGUCCAAGGGGAGACCUCCACUCAGCAGCGGCCCCAGCAGAGCUCAGACAAGUACGAUGUAUUCAAACAGCUUUCUCUCGAGGGAGGUCUGGCCUAUGAUGACACUAAGGAGAGUGGCGGCGGUUCCUUCUCUUCACUCAAAAGCGAUACAGAUGACUUUGCCGACUUUCAGUCCUCGAAGUUCUGCACAGCGCUCGGGGCUUCAGAAAAGACUCUGGUGGACAAGGUGGCCGCUUUCAAACAGGCCAAAGAGGACUCUGCCUCUGUCAAGUCCCUCGACCUCCCGUCCAUUGGGGGGAGCAGCGUAGGAAAGGACGACUCCGAGGACGCACUCUCAGUACAACUGGACAUGAAGCUCUCGGACAUGGGCGGGGACCUGAAACAUGUGAUGUCGGACAGCUCUCUGGAUUUGCCGGGUCUCUCGGCCCACCAGCCCCCCGCUACAGAAGGAGACGACAUGAAAUUUGACCCCUUCGGGACAUCGGCCCUCAGCACCCUUGCCAGCUAUGACUGGUCAGACCGUGAGGAAUGUCUGCCCGGCGAGGUCAGAAAGUCACAGGGCUUUGAAGGAGCUUCCCUUCCAUCUUUAGCGCCAGCACAGAGGAAGGAGCUGACCUUUGGCAGCACAGAGAACAUCACAGGCAGCUCCGUAGCAAAGAUCAGCACCACCUUCCCCACUGAGGAUGGCUCAUCCACAGAUAACAAGUUUGAAGCCUUUGCUGAUUUUGGCUCUGGCGAACAGGGAGGUGUCGAUGAUGAGGACGACUUUGGGGACUUUGCAAGUACUGUUUCUGAAAAGUCAGACUCGCCCCCCGCCACUGCUGAACCUGGCUCAGAGGGAAACCAAAGUGAGCCAUCUGAUGAGUUUGGAGCCUUCCAGGGGGACAAACCUAAGUUUGGCAAGUCCGACUUCCUCAAAGCCAGUGCUCAGACCAAAGUCAAGUCCAGUGAGGAGAUGAUCAAGAACGAACUGGCGACCUUUGACUUAUCUGUUCAAGGCUCCCACAAACGCAGUCACAGUUUGGGCGACAAGGAAAUUGGGCGUUCACCCCCGUCUCCGGCUCCUGAGCAGCCCUUCAGAGACAGAUCUAACACGCUGAGCGAGAAGCCUGCCCUGCCUGUCAUCAGGGACAAAUACAAGGACCUGACUGGGGAGGUGGAGGAGAGCGAGCGUUACGCGUACGAGUGGCAAAGAUGUCUGGAAAGCGCUCUAGAGGUCAUCACCAAAGCCAACAACAUCCUCAACGGCAUCAGCAGCUCCUCUGUCUGCACUGAGGUCAUCCAGUCUGCUCAGGGCAUGGAGUACCUGCUGGGCGUGGUGGAAGUGUAUCGCGUCACCAGGCGUGUUGAGCUGGGCAUCAAGGCGACAGCUGUGUGCUCCGAGAAGCUGCAGCAGCUUCUGAAGGACAUCAGCCGUGUGUGGAAUAACCUCAUGGGCUUCAUGUCGCUGGCCAAACUUGCUCCUGAUGAAAGCUCCCUCGAUUUCUCCUCCUGUAUUCUGAGGCACGGCAUCAAGAAUGCCAAGGAGUUGGCUUGUGGGGUGUGUCUGCUCAACGUCGAUGCUCGCAGCAAGAACAAAGAAGAAAGCACUAUUGGACGUCUGUUUAAACGAGUAUGAGACAUUCAGCUGUCAACCAAAUCUCAUUUCGCUCUUUCCCACUGGGGGCCUCGGGGGGCCUAUUCUCCUCUUACCCACAAGCCCUGUAGGGGGCCAAAGUGACAGGAUUCACUUCUCUCCACUGCUCCUCUCUCACAGUCAAACAACAGUUGUCUGUACAGACACACACUGCAACAGAGAGAAUCAGCCAGAAUCACAUUUAGAAACUUUAAAAGGUGGAACAAUCCACUGGUUGUUAAACCACACCCUUCUAAGUGAUUGCUGCCAUGCCUGUCAAACUUUGG